GAACAAGGAAAAAGAAAAAAGAAAUAAGAAUUUAGUUAAUGCUUAUAUCUAGUAUCUACUCAGGCUGUAGCCUCGUACGUAUAUCUAGUAGGUAAUAACCAUAUGUGCAGUAUCAAAUUCAUUUAUACCCACCUUUUGAUCUACCUUCUUCACGCCGAGCAAUACAUUCGUGUCAGAAACUCGCGGUACUCACUUUGCAUAUCCUCCCAUUGUUAACCAACACCUUGCACAUAUUCAUUCUGAAGAAAUAGUAGUCAUGGAGACAAGUCAGGAUACACCGGGCUGUUACCACCACACGGCCUCGCAAUACGACCAAAACCUCAUCUCCACACAAGUCUUCUUCUCCCAGUGUCUUAGCCAUCUAGGCCCUACCAGUAGCCGGGUUCAUCACCAAGAAGACACAGAGCCGUUGACCCAACAGCUCAGGCCUCUGUUCUGGAAGGGCCAGUUUGGGCCCGUCGCUGCUGCGAUCAAGCUAUGUGAGACCGACCCUUUGGCGGAGUCGAUCACGGUGGAGGAACUAGUGCCCCUAUUCGUAGCAUGCGCAACUGCACCAGCGACCAUAGAAACCAUCCAAGCCUCAGCCAGCCAAAACAUUCUCGCCUCCCCCCUAUUCCGCCAAGCCCUCAUCGUGACCUCCUUGAAAAGCGGCAACGAUCCCCUCGCCCGCGCUCUCAUCACCCACGCACCCGCCACCCCUCCACCCCCGGAAACCUGCGUGUUCAAGAUGCACCUCUCCUCCCUCGUCGAAGAAGAGGAGAUCCCCGCGGGCGCGUGGGCCGCCCUCGUGACAGCCGGGUGGGCCGCGCCAUCCGCGAAGCUGGUCCUCUGGGGCGCGUCCAGCAGCAGCGGGCCCGACGGCGUCGCCUUGCUCGAAGCCCUCGCCGCCGCCGGCUACGACAUGCACGCGAACGCGACGUACAGGGAGGCGCUGCCGUCGCUGGCGCUCGUCACCAGCGAGCCGGAGGUCAUCGCGCACCUGUUCGCGCUGUACGGCGUGGUGCCGACGAGCGACAUGCUGGUCCAGGCCGUGGAGGCGCGGGACGCGGGCCGCGUGGAGGUGCUGAGGUGGCUGCUGGACACGUACGCGCUCGACGUGAACUAUGUCCGCACGGGAGGACGCGGGCCCUUCGACGCGGACCCGGCGCGCGCGGGCGACCCGAGGGAGAGGGCGGAGAUGGAGCAUGCGGUGCGGCAGGCGGGGAGGCUGGAGAAGCCGAGGACGGCGCUGCAUGCUGCGGUGCUCAGAGGGAACGCGGAGGCGUGUGAGUUUUUGAGGGGGAGAGGCGCGGUGGAUGGCGCUGCGUCGGAGCUACGCCGUGACUUAUAUGAUAAAUAGCCUGGCUCAAGCAAGUAUGGAGUUUUGAUGAAGAUGGCCAUUCGACCAGUUAUGCUUAGAAUACCUACAAGUUGCAUAGGCACAUACAUACAUACAUACCUACCCAGAAUACCAACCAGCUGCGUACUAGGUACCUACCUACCUACCUACCUACCUAGGCAGGCAAAGAAGCAGUUCCCAAGAAUGUUGCUCAAACGCGAAUAGGCUAUAACUAAAUAAGACUCAUAAAUAAAGGGACAUUUUGGAU